AUGUCCCGUACCAUCAGAUGCCUGGUGUCCGGUGCCCAAAGUGUCAAGGUGCUGGAAAAGAGACUUGGGUCAUUCCAGGAAAAUAUUGUCACGUAUGCGGUACUGCCUGCUGAAAGGCAAACCGAGACUUGUUCAGAAUCAGAGCCCCUACCUGGAAGGAUGAAGGCCCAUUGUCCUCGACGGGGAGCAACACCUCAUCGCUCCAACACAGCCCGCUUCGAGGCACAGGUUGCAGCGUCCCUCACUCUCUAUGAGUAG